AUGGCAUUAAAACCGACAACGUGUAAGGAGGCAAUAGCUCGCUGGGAGAAAUUGAAAGGAGAAGUGGCUGCAGACGCUACUGUGAUAGAGUUGCAGUUCCAGUGGCCACCAAUCGAAAAAAUGGAUGGAAUGAGAAAUCUGAAGAUAUUAUCGCUGGGUCGAAAUUAUAUAAAAUCAUUGGCCGGAAUCGAAUGUCCAGCACUCAGAGAUUUGGUCUUCACUGGUAACCCGCUUUGUGAUAACCAGCCUGACGUAGAUGCUUGGCGCACUCAAGCAUCCAACCGCCUCCAGCAAAUAACAAAACUCGAUGAUGCAGUGCCACAGACCGCUGCACCUAAUGCGCGAGACAAUAACGCGAUUAGUGAAAUAAAUACUGUAACAAGAGCAGAACAACCCGACGCGGUGCCAUUUACAGAUCUUAUCGUAAAACGUAAUGGACUAGCUGCCGAUAUCGGCGAUCUCCGUUCAAAUCGUUGGAAACCACUUUCCGGCAUUAAAUUUUUCACUGUUAGUGUACCAGUGUGA